AGAGAUAAAGUGUGAGCGAGAGCGAAAGAUAUCUUUUCUGCGAACAUAAAAUACGUCGCAGAACUUGCGAAACUGAAGCACGAUUGCGCUGAGGUGAGUGAAGCAUUUCCACCGCGCCUUUCUCAAGCAAACGCCGUCGGCGAAGAAUUUAAAACUUGUAAUUGAAAAACCUCGUGAGGCUUCCAUUCCCGCAAGCCCGGAAGUCGAUUUUAACUGUGCAUUGCGUGUCCUGCUCUCACAACCACUCACACAUACACACACACACACACACACACACGCAGAGUUGUAUUUUUAGUUCUACUAGGCAGGGUGGGAGCGAAAGAAAACACGCUGUAAGAGCAAGAACGCAAUUGCCCCCCUAGGUACACGCACUGAACGUUCGGUUUCGGCAGCAUUAAAGCCAUAAGAAAGAGAGAAAAGGAUUGAAAAAAAAACUCAUAUUCGCGCUCUCUCCCUCUUUCACACACACGCACACUUGCGCAGAUGGGCUCGCGCACACACAGGGAAGCACUGCCGACAGUUCGCUUAUUAGCCCCAUACGCGCGUGAAGCGUACAGAGCGGGUCUGCCGUGGUUUUAAUGUUUUUGUUCGCCCUGCCCGCACGCACGGAAACGCACGGAAAGAACGCAAUCGCAACGCAGCCCGAAGUCUAGGCGCAAAGCGGAAAACAAAGUGUAAAAAGGUGUGUGUGUGUUUUUUUUGUGAGGGCACCGGGGCCCGCUAGUAGUGUAUUUGAAAUUUUGCGCAAAACAAUUCGCCCGCAAACGCAAGCAGAGGAAGCUAGUGAUACGCAAGAAACAGAAACGGAUUCGCGCAGCACGGCGUCGCGCCAAACGUGCGAGAGUGAAGAGAACCCCCUUUCCCCUUCCUUUCCGUCGGUCAGUUGUGCGUUUCGGUGUGUUGUUUUUGUAUUCUUUCUAUAUCGACCCCCCCCCCCCCUCCCCACUCGUCGCUUUUUGUUGUUGUUGUACGAUUCUCGUGAACAGUGAAAGAAGAUUUUCAAAAUCCGUCUCAAGCGUGAUAUUGAAAGCAUACAUUUUCGACGACAGUUUCUGUGACGACGGCGGCGGCGGCUGCGGCGGUGGCAGCGGCGUUCCAGCCUCCUUUCCGAGCGCGUUCGCCACCCUUCUCCUCCUCCUUUCUGCGGAGGAGUUAACUCAGCGAGCUUGUUCGUGCGUGCGCGCGCGCUUGUGUGUGUGUGUGUGUGUGAGUGAGAAGGAGGUUUCAGUGAGAGGAAAAAGGUUCCGGCGGGGCUGAAGAGGGAAAGACCUCCCCCCCCCAGCUCGAUGGUGGAAAAGUUAGUAGCAGCAGCACACGAAGGUGUAGCGGUGUAGCAGUGCCAGUGAAGUGAAAAACAACAACAGCAACAAAAAAGCAAACAAAAACAAAGAAGCAGCGGCAAUGCGAAGGAGGUCCCAGCAAACUGUUGAGAGCAGGCAACGCUGUGACCGAAAAACAACAAACACUACUGUGAGGGGCAAGGCGAUGACCACCGCUGUCCUUGCCGUCGGUAAUGGCGUUAGGGGUUAAGGGGGACCCUCAGUAAAAAAAAUCCUUCCACCCCAAAACCACCUACCGCCCCCCUUUAUAGGGCAGACAACCGCAACGCGGCGCGGAUUCAUACCACACGCAGUGACCGAGCGAGCGAGCGAGCGUACGUUUACAUACAGACUUUUACACAAUUUUGCCAUGUCGAAGUGGAACAAGCCGCAGGGCGUCGUGGUCCCACUGGAAUCGCUGCUGAAGGAGCGGCGGAAGGAGAACUGCCCGGCGCCGAGACGGUCGGCCGGGCUGGUUGGCCGCUGGGGCAUCACCAGCUUUACCUCGAUACGUAGCCGAAGCUAUGUUGCGGAGUACAAUAACGUGGAUCUGAAGGAUGCGACCGGGCUGGACCUCGGCACCGGCGAAUCGCCGGACAGCGUCGUCAACAAUCUGCUCGGCUCGAACAACAGCGAGCCGGCCCGGCCGCGCAAGUUCUUCAAAAGCCGCAACACCAUACCGCCGCCGCCGCCACCGCCCCCGACCGACCAUCUCGGCCAUCACUCGCCGUACGGGGCGAACGCGGCGGGCGGUGGGUACGGUGCGGCCGGCCCAUCCGAUCUGUGGGGCAACCGGGCAAACGUGACGACGACAUCGCCCCAGCAGCAACAGUUCUAUCAACCGCUGCCGGCGGCCGCCGCGACCCCGCAGUUCUCGCCCACCGGGCCCCAGUCGGCGAACGUGGGGCAGCACACCGGUGACGCCGGUCUCGGUUACGCCAUGCAGCAGCAGCAGCAGCAGCAGCUACUGCACACGCUACCCGUUACGAAGGAGAAAAAACCGGGCCGGAAAAAGAAAUCGCUCGAACCGGCGGAUGGUGGUGGUGCGGUUGGGCGUAGUAAGCCAGCCGCCAGCGCCAAACCGCCCAAAAAGGAGAAGGAGAAGAAGGAGAAGCGUCCGAAGAAGGCGAAAAAAGAACCGGCAGCGCCCGGAGCCGGCGACCAGGAGCAGAAGCAGCAGCAGCAGCAGCAGGAGCAACCGAAACGCAACUCGUCCCGCAUACGGAACCGGGUGGUGAACUACAACGAGGACGAGGAUAGCAACGAUUACGGCCGGACGGUAGCGGGGCGGUCGACCGGCAAUCAUCAGCCGACCCUCGGUACGCCCGAGUACGGCAGCCUGGGACCGCCGGCCACCGACCCAUCCUUUGCCGGUGUGCUCGAACAGCAGCAGCUCCAUCAGGAUGCCCACGUGACGACGGCGACGUACCAACCGAUGGCACAGCGGCCCGUGUCCUCCUCUUCUUCCCCGGCCGGCGGCUACCAUUCCGGUGGGGAGGGACGGUACGGGGUUAAGCCGAGCACAACGACGGUGACAACGCCGCUGCCAUCGCCCGGCGAGCAUCGGCCUAUCCUGCUGCGCAUCUCCAAGGGUACGUCGAUGCUGAUCAGUACCGACAGUGAAGAGGUUUCGACGAACAACAGUACGCCGCCGACGCCGGCCCCACAGCAUCACUACGGCCAUCAUCACCAUCACCAGCCGCUCGAGGCGCAGCAGCAGCAGGAGCAGCAGCCAGAGGAGGAGGACGACGAGGAGGAAGAGGAGGACUUUGAUGGAGAUUUGCCACCGCGCACGCUGCUAGCCGAAGCGACGGGACCAACGACGACGACGACGACCGUCCACGACAGCUCGGUCGACUAUUUCAAGCAGCAGCAGCAGCAGCAACCGUUCUACAAUCAACCGAUCGAACCAUUUCCGCACAACACCGCAACACCCCCGGCACCGUGCGGUGAGCUCGGAGCAGCAGGCGGGGCAGCUGGCGGAUCGGGCGAAGCGGCCGUGGUCGCACCGGCACCGGCCAAAUCGGAGCUGAAGAUAAAGAUAUCGCUCGGCGGCAAGCCGCUGAUCAGCAGCACGACCAGCGGCGCAGGGGGGACCGCUGCACCCGGCUCGACCACACCGGGCAGCGGCAGCGGGGCGGCAGGGCCGACCACGACCGGCAAGGGCAGCAAGAGCAGCAGCAGCAAGUACAACUUCAAGAAGCGUGCGAUCGAGCGGGAAAAGGCCCGGGUAUCGUCCAAGCGCAGCAAGGUAGAGCUUUCGGACGGCGAGCAGCAGCAGCAGCAGCAGCAGCAACAUCCACUGUCCGUGUCGUCCUCGACCGCGGCGAAACCGGCAGCGGCGGUGCUGCCCCGGCCGAGCUUCCCGCUGCCCGGCACCGACACGUACGAGGUGUUCCGCACCCUCUCCUCCCUGUCCGGCGGGGACGACUUCGACUCCCAGAGCUCGAUACUGGGCAGCGCGUCGUCGGACAACAACACGCCGAAGCAUACGCUCGCGCCGGGCGAAGACUGCCAGAUCAUCCACAGCCGCGGCUCGAGCGACUGCGGCAGCGACCUGGAACUGUCCCAGAACAGCUCGACGGCGGCCGCCCCACCCUCGGACGUCUACUCGGAGAGUGAAAACACGCAGGACAACAACAGUCACCCGCAGCCGGGCGGUUUGCUUCGCGGGGGAACCGUUGCGCUCGCGGCAGCCUGCACCACCACGACAUCGGUUGCCGCUUGCUCCUCCGAGACCGUGCCGCCGUCGUCGGUUGAGUUGCUGCCGGCCGCAGCAGCAGCAGCCCCCGAGCGGGUGGAGGUGCUGAAGCUGAACCUGAAGAAUGUUGUCCCUGCCGGUGCACGCGUCACACGAAACAAGAUGAAGCACAGCAAUCCGGCGGACGACCAGCAGGGCGCGGAGGGCGCGGAGGGAACUGGGGCGAAGCAGCCGCUACUGUUGCGCGUCGGUGGUCGAUCCGGCCGCACGAACCGUGCCGCAGCGAGCAACAAUAACAACAACAACAAUGUGGUGGUGCGCGGUACCAGCACGGUGAGCGAAAAACGCACCCGAAAGCAGACGGACACAAUGCAGGCGGAGCAGCCGCGGGACGAGGCGACAGUGGGCGAGCCGAUGCCGCCGCAUCGGUCACCAUCCGCCGUCGGCACGGGGGGCGAAGCGGCUGUGGCCCCGGAAGCACCGGCGGUGGCACCGAAGCCGAGCGUGACGCGCCAGUACAGCCGCCGGAAGAAGAACGUGGUGCCGCCCGACUAUCUUGGCGAACCGUCUGCACCUGCCGGGCCGGAGAGUACCAGCGGUGGUGGUGGUGGUGAGCAGCGACAUAAUGGCGACGCACUCGGGACAGAACAGCAGCAGCAGUCGACGUCGAGCAGUGCGGCAACGCCAACGUCGACAGUGGCGCCGUCCGCCGCCGCGGCGCCUGCCCAGGAGCCGACCGUACCGCCGGCCCCAAUGCGGCUGGUGCUGCAGAAGAAGGGCACCAUUUUCAAGAGCCGCCCGCUGGUCGGCUCGAGCGACGGGGCGACCGACACCAAGAAGCGGCACGUGUACAAACACAAAUGGGACCACGGGAACGGGCUGCUGGAUCAGGACGGCAAGGCGGGCGGGGAUGCACCCGGUGGCGGUGGUAGUGCGGGCGCGAGCGGUGGUGUUGGGGGUGGGGCGGCCGGCGUCGGCGUGUCGGACGGCGGCCUGCUGGCCAACCACCACCAUGCGUACGCGACGGACGGUGCCUUCGACGAUGAUGUGGACGGCGAUGGGCACGAGGCCGCUGGUGGACUGGUCGGAGCUGGAGCCGGUGGGGGCGGUGGAGGUGGUGGUGGUGGCAGCGGUGGCGGCGGAGGUGGAUCGUCCGGCCCGAGCCAGCUCGACUUUGAUGGAGCGUUCUUCGACGGCGAUGCGCCACCGUCCGCCAUGCCGUCCCGCUCGAAGCGCAUGAAAACGUUCGGUGCGGGCGGUAGUGCGGGCGGCGUGCAGUCCGGUGGGCUGCAGGGUACCGGUGGUGGUGCUGAGGCUCGGGGAGCGGGCAGCAUGCCGUCGUACUAUCAGUACGGACGGGCGCAGCACGCAGCCGGCGACGCGUACGAUGGUGCGGCGGGCGCAUUCGACGAUGACGAAACGGACGGGGGCGACGACGAGUACGGUGGUGGUGGCGGUGGUGCGAAGAUGCGGUGCGACCGGCAGACGAAACCGUUCUACACGAUCGUGCGCAACGUGAAGAACUCGCACCAGAUGCAGGAGAUCGGCGAGUUCCAGGAGAUGGACGACGACGUCGACUACAUACUGAGCGCCCUGCACCCGGACAACCCGAUCUCGACCCGGUGCCUGUCGGCGCUGCAGCUCGCGACCAAGUGCAUGAAGCCGGCGUUCAAGAUGCACGUGCGGGCGCACGGCGUCGUGACGCGGUUCUUCCGCGCGCUGUCGGACGCCCACCAGGACCCGAGCCUGGGACUGUGCACCGCCGCCAUCAUGUACGUGUUCUCGCAGGACAAGCUGAACAUGGAUCUCGAUCGCGAUUCGCUAGCGCUGAUGCUUAACCUGCUCGACACGGACCACCGGCUGUCGGAGGGUGGCACCGCCGCCCAGCAGCAGCUGCAGAAGAACCGGCAGCGGGUGAAGGAGCUGUGCGAGGAGAUCAAGGGCGCCGGCAAGGGCGGCGGCGGCGGCAAGCACAUCGAUACGGACCGCGUGACGGCCGGGUCGCUCGCGAUGGAGUCGCUGCUGUCGCUCACGUCCCAGCGGGCGGGCGAGUGGUUCAAGGACGAGCUGCGCAACCUGGGAGGCAUCGAGCACCUGAUCAAGACGGUGGCGGAGUGCUACGAGCAGGUGCCGGACCGGGCCGCCGACUGGCACGAGCCGGACGUGGCGAAGCUGCGCAAGAUCGAGCGCUGCCUGCGGGUGCUCAACAACGUCAGCCUGUUUAACUGCGCGAACCAAACGUUCCUGCUCGAGCACCGGGCCGGGCUGCUGGUGCAGAUACUGGUCCGGCUGUACCGGCAGGUCGACCGGGACCUGCCGCACUACCCGACGGACGACGCGACGCCCAAGGAGAGCAUCGGCGUGCUGCUGCGCGACCUGCUCCAGCCGAUGCUGCACAUGCUCAUCACGCUGACGCACUCGUUCGACGAUCAAGCUCGCGGUGCCCAUCUGGUCGGGAAGCAACCGGACGUGAUCAACAACACGAUGAAUCUGCUGCUGCGCAUCGCCAACUACGUGCCGCAGCGGUGCGUGUUCGAUCUGCACCUGCUAGCGCUGACGCUGCUGCUUCAUCUCGCCCGCCCCAGCCAGCACAACCGGCAGCAGGUGCUGCGCUACGUCGACAAGGAGACGAACCGGGACGGCUUCAAGGCGCUGGUCGCGUACUUCGACCAGCAGGAGGAGAAGGCCAGUCAUGCGGAGGAGAAAACAAACGCAAUACUAGACACGCCUUCCGAAGCGGCCGGUGUUGAGGAUGCGGAAACGAAGCUGAUACAAAAGGCGGAGCACCAUAUGGAGCACACGUACAUGGGCAGCCACGUGUGCAUGCUGAUCUGCCAGCUGGUAAUGGACGAGCCCGGGCUGGAACAGAUCGCCCGGGCGUAUCUGAAGAACGGCAACUUCAAGCGCAUGGUGGCGGCACUCAGCCGGUACUACGAGUUCCUGAACCUCACGACGAACGCGGACGCAGAAAGUACGGCCCACAAGCGCCAAACGAAGGAAGCGAUCGACUAUCUCGGCCAGCUCGAUGGCUGUGAGUCGGCCGGUGCGGCACGCGCGAGUAGCGGCCCCGGCGGCAGCAGCAGCGGCUCCGGUAACUCCGACCCCAAAGCAGCUGCAUUUUGUCAGUAGUAGUGGCAGGGUCGACGAGGGUGAGGAGACCACAAUCGGUCGGUUUGUUUGGUGUACUGACCAGACACAACACAUACACACAUAAGUGCCGCAUGUAAUGUACUGUAAUGUACUGCUCGGUUUUAAACAUGCCUGCACAGCCUGAGUUUCGGUAGGACUGAUGAGAGAGACAGAGAGAUGUCUGUGGGUGUGUGUGUUGAUUUUAUUCUUUUAGCUGUUCCAUUUUUAGUCAUCAAAACGAUUUUUUUAAAUUCCUCGCGUAAGGAUAGCCUUACUAAAAUGGUGUUUUAUACCAGGACGAUUAACCAUAUCCGUUAUUAAAUUGGGUCUUUCAACUGUUCCUUCAUCACAGGGGAAACGUUUACAAAAUGUUUUUUUCUCAAAUUUAUUGACUGUUUCAGUUACAUCAAAUUUGACUGAUCGUUCUUGAAUGUCACUUUUAAUUGCUUUUUUCCUGCUCCCGCUGCACGUGAUUGGUAGGGAGCAUUACUUAACCGCUGGAGUUCAAGGAAAUUUGAUAUUUUAAUUAAAACAAAAAAACCUGCACACAAAAUUCAAAUCUGUUGCCUAAUUCCAUGUUCAGUUCCAAUUGGAAAAAAACGCACACAACUACAGCUCACAAUAUCAGAGAAAACAAAUUUACCCUACUUCAAGGAACCAAAUUAUUUAUUAAAAUAAACAAAAACAAAGGACAGAAGGUUACGUCGAAGAAAAUUUUAUAAAAUCAACACACACACACACACUCAAGCACGAAAAGUGGACGAAAAAGGAUGAACAAAAGAAGCGAUUAUCUAAAAUACGCAUGAUGGACGGCCAAGUGCGAUUGCAGGCGGAAGGGGGGGGGGGGGGGGGGAGCAGCAUGUACCAUAUGUUGAUUUCAAACUGACAUUGUACAUAUGUAGAUCGUUAAGGUAUCCUUGUUUAGGUUAUAUUAACAGUACAGAAAACUCGUUCAAGGUGGCGUGGUACGAGAGGUACCGCCGGAGGGAUCGCCAGAUAUCGAAGUGAGUUAGAAACACGAUGUCUGUACGAGCGGCGGGCAGGGAAAAAUAUGUCGCCGUUAAUAGGUGUGGUUGUGUGCACUGUAUACAUACAAUGGUGAUGUGGUUGAACAGUAGUGUAAAAAAAAGAAAGAAUCGUAAACACACAAAUUAAACAAUCACAAGUGUUGUGUGUGUGAUGGGUCUGUUUUUGUUAGUAUGUGUGUGUGUGUGUGUGUGUGUGUGUGUGGGUUAAAAGCUACUUGUAAUCCUUGUAAUCUAGUUUGUACCGUCAGGUGGAGAAGAAACAGGGCAACUAAGGGGGGAGAUGCAAGUGUAAAAGAAUAUGGAAAAAUAUGAAACGAUGGGUCCGACUGAACACAACACGUUUGAUGAUUUAAAAAAAAGAUGCAAUGACACACACAGUCCCAGCGUACAUAAAGGAAACAAAGCACGGAGACUGGCGGGAAAUGUGUUGGACCCCCAUUGAUGUACAUUUAGAGUAAGUCGCGUAACGUUUUUUUUUUUUA